AUGGCCGUGCUCGAGCCCGACGCUGCCCGACGCCGCCUCGCCCUUGCGGCACGACGAACUCGGCGGCGCCUCCUCCUCGCCGGACUGCCCCUCUCUGUCGCAACGUCCCCGACCUCCACCUCGCGCCCCGCUGCCAAAACCCCUACGGCCACCGUGAGCCCCUCCUCUCCUCCUCUCUCCCUCGCGACUGGCUACGCCUCUGCGUGCUCACCCGCGCGUGGCCGCGCCCUGCGCCUCACGCCCGCUCUGGCCACUGCCUUGCCGCGCCGCUCGGAGCCGCCCGAGCCCUGCACCGUGCCCCGCGUCCUCCCUUCUCCCUCGCGCGACACUGCCUGCCAGCGCUGCGUGCGCGCCUCGCGCUCGUCGCCACGGCCACCGCACGUGCGCACCUGUGCGUCACCCACGCCCCGAAUCUCCCUGCCUUCUCCUCGCUCGCACGCCGCUCUGCCCCACCGCGGCGCCCCCUUCCCGUGCCGCUCUGCCGCUGCGGCUUACCGCCGCCCCGCGCUCCUCCGCCUGAUGCUCGCCCGUGCAUCGCCUCGCCUGCACCGCUCGCUCGCCGCACGGUGCGCCACGGCCCCGUUGCUCGCCCGUCUCCAGCCGCCUCCACUCAGGGCCGCGGCACCGCUCCCCGCACCCGCCUCGCCUUCGCCCGGCCACCCUAGCGCACGCGCGCCGCCGACCACGCGCCAGGCGCCGGCGCUCCGGCGCACACGCGCGCCCGCCCCGUCGCCUCGGGUCCACCCCGAUGGGUGCCUUGCCCGCAACGGCGCCCGUUAG